GUUUAGCCAGGUAAACAAUUUUGUGACCUCAGUCUUUCCCGCUUUAAGUCGAGACAACGACUUCUUAUGUCAAAUCUUUGACUGCUGAGCGAAUAGCAGAAACAUUUCGAGCGAAGUUUUAUGUGGAAUGGCGGUGAGAAGGAAGUUAAUAUUUUAGCUCUCUGAGAGCGCUUGUAUAGCCUCGGAAGAAGUAAAAGCAUAAUGCGAGAUAUAGGUUAGAUUUCUAUGGAUGUUACAUGGGGAAAAAACGAUAAAAACAACGAUCGGCACCACAAAAAGACCCAGCAGAUGAAAUGGCGGUGAGGCAGAGGAUUUUCAACUCAACAGCACCAUUCUCCGGGACACCCCAGACUGAGCUGAAAGGGUCAUGCCCAUCUUGCUCCGCCGUUGACCAGGAGACAGAGGAGGAGGAAGAGGAGGGGAAGGACAGCAAAAUGGGCUACCCACAUUUAAACCCUCUACUAAAUAAGCUCUUGACACAUGGAACUGCAGAGCAAGUAGGCAAAAUGCCAUUGAAGACCUCCACCAUCAUUGCCCAGGCUGAAUGUGAAACCCAGGACUCCCAAGAGUUUAGUCCAUCUUGUUUCGAACGAUCCUUUGUUGCCUCCCCCAACUGCUUCACCAGCAGCCUUUCCUCAGAGCACAACAACGUGGCGUGCCCAACAACGGCCUCCGUCCAGGAGCCGAGCAGCUCAUCCGCACAGCUCAAACCCAGAAAAAAGAACAGGAAGAGACAGAAGCGGAAGGGGAAGAAUAGGCUGGAGAAGAGGAGGGAGAAGCAGCGGCACAGACAUCGAAUGCCUUCUGGAGUCCCUGAACAGGAGAGUGGAAGUUCUCUGGUCCAGAUCUUGGAGGAGUCAUCUCUUGGAGGGAGAAGCCGCCUCAGUUCUUCCUGCUGUAGCAGCAUCGAAAGCUCAGAGGAGCAGGACAGAGGGCCUCCUCUCUACAGCCGACAGAUUUACAACACAGGCUCCAGCUGCUCUCUUCUGAACUGGGGGGACCAGGUCUGUGACCGCUUCUCCAGUCUCUCUCUCAUCGGGCAGGGCAGCGACUCGGACUCCCUCAGCAGCUUGGGAGACUGCUCGCUGGCCCUUGCUGGCCUCAGGGGCAGCGUCAGUCAGGGGGACUCAUGCUACGCAGGGCCCUUUUUCAAAGAUGUGGAGAGGGAUGCAAGGGAAGAGGAAGAUGAGCUCUCAGCAGCUGAUUCUGUCCAAAACGAGGGAAUAAUCUUUUACAAUGAUAAAAUUCAGCCUGUGGACUCUGAGUACAAGGAAGGGAGGGAGUUUGUCCUCUCACAUUUUAUCAAGGAAGGCUCCUAUGGUGAAGUGCACGGUGCUCAAGAUGUCAACACAGGCUUCAGAUUUGCGGUCAAAAAGAUCGCCCUGAAGAGGUUCAGCAGUGAGGAGGUGGGUGCGUGGAGUGCCCUCAGAUCUCCUCGCGUGGUGGAGCUCUUUGGAGUGGUCAGAGAGGGGCCCAAUGUUGUCCUCUUCAUGGACCACAAAUCUGGCUCUCUGGGCCAGCUGAUAGCCGAGCGUGGCAGGCUGCCAGAGGAUUUAAGUCUCCACUACCACUCACAAGUCUUAACAGCGCUGGAGUACUUGGUGAAGAAAAAAGUGGUCCACCUAGAUAUUAAAGCUGACAAUGUGCUGCUGUCGGAGGACGGUAGAGACACCUUCUUGUGCGACUUCGGACACGCAGAGAGACUCGACAAUCAGGGACAGAGCCUCAGUGUGUCCAACGAUCUGAAGGGCACGGAGACCCACAUGUCCCCUGAGAUCGUUAAAGGGGAACCCCGCGGAGCCAAAGCAGAUGUGUGGAGCAGCUGCUGUAUGUUACUGCACAUGCUCAACGGGUGUCAACCUUGGACGAGAUACUACACCUGUAUACUUUACCUGAAGAUUGCUAACAAGCCUCCGCCUCUGAGAGAGAUCCCACCUGACUGUAGCCCCCUCACAGCUGAAGUUCUUAAGGCAGGACUCCAGAAGGAUCCAGCCAAGAGAGCAUCAGCGUCUGUCCUCAAAGAAAAAACUGACAGAGCUCUGAGUGAAGUUGGAGGACUCACCAGCCCAGUGAAGGGACCCUACACCGAGCCCCUGUGCAUUGCCAACGAACCGCCUGACUCCCUGCAACUCAUCAAUAGCAGUGUUGACUAUGACGAUGAGGUGGACCACCGAGAGUCUGUUGAGAAAGUGAUCAGAGCAGGGAGGAGGACGGAGGAACUAGAUGAUGAGGAGGAAGGGAAGGAGGCUGAUUCUAACGAGUCAAAGAGGGGCUCGCCGUUCUGUCCACAAAUGCUGAUCCCUGAGCCAAACCACAAGAGGAGCAACAAGAUAACCACUGUGUCUGAACUUGAGCUGCGUAAACUGGAGCGAGAUUUCUACCUGAGCAGUCUGUCCCAGCCUCAGUCUGCUGAGAUGCAGGUGCAGCUCUUGUCUUGUCUCAGCAGUGAAGCUUAUACGAAUUGGGAACCGUGGGACAAAAAGGACUCUGGCCGCUGGUCCCUGAGCCCAGGAGACGAUUUCAGCUCUGGUGUCUUCUCCUACAACAGUCAGCCAGAUGUGCAGGUCUUCAGUAUGGAUCUGCUGGGUCACACACAGAUACCACCACCCUGUUGUUUUGAAGGGGUGGAUGUCUGCAUCAGAGACUUCAGCAGGAGAAGCAUCCGGAUCAGAGAGACCCGCCGGGUGAAGGUGGGCCACAUCGCCACUGGAAUCAGUGAUCAGAUCUCUGAGAGAGUUUUUACUCUGGAGACCCAGCAGGGCCACCAGAUUGCUCACGAUGAGGAGGUGCAGGAGUCUGGUCUGGAGCUCUGCUGUGUUCCUGCUCCAGACUUCAGCCUCGCCUGGAAGUGGAGGAUCAGAGACGGAGUACUGGAGACGAGAUAGACCCGACAAGUCUCUCCUUCCAUCAGCCGCAGAGUCAUCUUAGCCGUUUGAUCAUAUCGCCUCGUGUUGAACUGCUUUAAAGAUGUGCCUUUCAUUUGUCUUACUGUGCAAUGCAUUCAUGAAGGGUAAAAAAAAAAAAAAUCCACUUGAAAAGCCUUUUUAGCAGAACUGCCUCAUGUUUUUAAAUGCUAUAAUGGGAGUUGUUACGUAGCUUUUUGUCUUCUAAGUACCCACAACUCAGGGUGCUGAGCAUACUGUGAUGUUUCUUUGUUGCUUGUUCUUAUAACAUGUUAACAUGGGAGUCAGUAAACAGUACACUGAACUA